AUGGCAGCAGCAACUGAGUGGGAGCUGCAGGCAGCAGCUCCUGCAGGUUGCUUCUCUGCUGCCGCUUUUUUCGAAGCAAUAGAGGCGGUAGCUGCAACACCAGCAGCAGCUGCUGCAACAGCAGCACCAGCAGCAGCAACAGAAGCAGCAGCAGCAGCAGCAGCAGCAGAAGCAGCAGCAACCAUCUCUGAUUUCCGCCUUUCUCGCUUUCUCUCCUCAACUGUAGUGACAGCAAAACUGAAGCUCCUAAAAGAGGACGCUGCUCGUUUGAGGCUUCAGCUGCAGGAGAAUCCGCAGUGGCAGAUUUUCCUCAGCCCCUGCGCAUGCAGCAGCAGCAGCAACAGCCGCAGCAACAGCAGUAGCAGCAGCAGCAGCAGCAACAGCAGCAACAGAAGCAGCAGCAACAGCUGUAGCAGCACUUGCCAGUGCAGCAUGGGAGACCUUGAGGGGUUUAGCCUCUCUGUGCUGCUGCCGGGACGUUUGCUGCCUCUUUUGCUGCUACAGCGAAUCCUCGAAACCCUGCAGCAGCACAACUGCUGCACACAUAGCAUGGAGACAGAGCUGCAGGGGCCCCUGGUUUAUGGCGCCCCCUCUCGCCGUUUGCUACUGAAGGUCUCCUUCGGUUUGCUGCACUGCAGCAGACCUCCUUGGCAGCAAAUUUUGCUGCUGCUGCAGCAGCUGUCUCUUCUUUUUGCUGCUGCUCUUCCCUGGAGUUUCCGCCGCCGCAGCUUUGAGGUUCGCUCGAAGCUCAACACGGCGCUGCUGCUGAGUGUGGGAGAACCUGCUGCAGCAGCAGCAACAGCAGCAGCAGCAGCAACAGCAGCAACAGCAAAUGUCCCUGAAUGCAGCAGCACGCUGGCUGAGAGUCAGACACAGGGUAAAGAGCAGCAAGAAGGUCUGCUGCUGUCUCUAGCCUUCCUUCUGUACUGCGUCGACCGCCAGGGUUACCGUGUGUCUUUUCAGCAGACGUCCAGCAGCACACUGCAGCAAGAAGCAGGGGCAAAAAGCGAAGGCCAUGCUGUGGCAGUUGUCUCACCGGACCUGCCAGCUGCAGAAGUCGACUUUUACGCACCGCCGCUCCCAGAGAGGGAGGUGGACGCUCUGCUGCCUCUCUUGGGUCUCCGCCGGUGGCAAGUUAGGCGCUUUGCUGCUGCGUGUCCUUUUCACCCAAUCAGCAGCAAAAGACAAAAGAGAAGCAGCAGCAGCAGCCGCAGCCGCAGCAGCAGCAACGACAGAUGCAGCAGCAGCGACAGCAGCAGCAGCGAUGAGUCAGAGGAAUUCUACAGCCUUCAGGCGGCCCCGCAGGAAACUGUCAUCUCAGUGCCGCUCGGCAGCAGCAGCAGCAGCAACAGCAGCAGCAGCAGCAACAGCAGCAGCAGCAGCUUGAGCGGCCCGUUUUGUCUGGUUUCUAUUGUUUGCUUCAUACUCAGUACCACGCAGCACAUUGCUGAAUGCGAGUUAAAGGCCCUGGAAAGGGCCUUAGGAAGGGCUUUCACGAAAAUAAAGGCACAGCUGCUUCAAACGCGUUUCUUUGCUGCCUUCUGCGUCGAAGACAGAAAGUCCAGUGUAACAAUGGUCGGUGCUGCUGCGACUUCCCCAAAAGGCAUGCAGCAGCAGAGCUACCAGCUGGAGGCAGCAGCAGCAGAAGCAGCAGCAGCAGCAGCAGCGACCAGCGAACCUACGAGAGGUGAAUUGCUGGGAAUCAGAAACUGUAGCAGCAACAGCAGCAACAGCAACGGCAAGAGCAGCAACAGCAGCAGCAGCAGCAACAGAAACGGCCGCAGCAGCAACAGCAGCAGCGGCAGCAGCGGAAGACGCCACCAGGGGACCUGGGAGCUUUUGCUGGUGCAGCAGCCGCAAGUAACCCCGCAGUUUGCUGCUGCUGCUGCUGCUGCAGCAGAAGCAGCAGGAGGCCUUCUCAAGGCUGGUCAACGCGUUUCUCCCUCGGGGGAAUUUGCUGCAGCAAGGUUCUAUGUGCUGCUGCCUAACGGGGCUGCCGCUGCUGCACUGCGAGGGGAGCUGCAGCGCAUAGCAGCAGCAGAAGCAGCAGCAACAGGCAGCAGCAGCAGCAGCAUGCGGUGCUGUUGCUGCAACUUUUCAGGACUCAACAUUGAUAGAAGAAGAAGUGAUUGA